UGUUGUUAGCCUUUGAAACCCCUCCGAGAGAAGUCAGUACGCAGACCAAGGUGGCGGCGGUGUGACAGUCUCGCUUAUUCGCGAGUAAAACGACUGUUUGAGGGCGUGAAACAACGGAAAGGGCUCCGCACACUAUGAUAACGAAAAAGCAAACGCACAACAGUACGACCGAUACAAUUUUGUUUUAACCGCAAAGCCGUGUUGUGAAAAAGUUCAGUUUAGGCAUGAACAAGUUGGAGUUUGAAGUCUGAUUACUUAAUUCGCGAUAUAUAUUUUACCCACUACUGUGAUAUUAUUAGUGCUGUUUUGGAUAUUCACUAUUAGCGGCAAUGAAAACAAUACGAAAGAUCAGCUCAUCGAUAGCCUCCGGCACCGCCUCAAUGCCACCACAGAUCUUGCUCAUCGCAUUAUUGGUACUAAUGCCAUCUAUUGCCAAAACUGCAAACAUACCUUCUAGUACGGGUUCCCCGGAAGUGGCAUCGGACGUGCAAGUCGACUGCAACAGCGAUGAGAUCGUAGUCAGCAUAAACACAAGAUCCGGAAGGUUCAACGGAAUGAUUUACCCCAGGGGAUUGUCCAAGAACAGUAGCUGCAUGGGAGAGUGGGUGCAGAGAAAAGCCCCGAUCGAGUACACCCUACCCCUUAGGGGAUGCAACACAAUGAGCACGGAGUUGGACGAUGGAGGAAUUGAGUACUUUAAUACAAUUGUCGUUCAACCCCAUCUGAAGCUAGUAACGAAUCAAGGGAGGGGUUUUCAUAUUCGAUGCCGAUAUAAUACAAGAAACAAUUCAGUCAGUAACGACACCCUAAAAAUAGAUGUAGCGUCCCCGGAACUGACACCACACACUGCCCUGGCGCCCAUGCCGGGCUGCAGCAUGAAGAUCUUCUCCGGCGACCCCUUGCAGAAGGAGGUGGCGGAGAACGUGAAGAUCGGCGACCCGCUGACGCUGGUGGUCACCUUGGACGAGCAGGACACCUACGGCAUCCGCGUGACCGAUUGCCUGGUUAGGGACGGUCUGGGAUGGGGCGAACAGAAACUUAUCAACCAGGAAGGCUGCCCUACGGACUCCGACAUCAUGGGUAUGUUCGAGUACUCCCCGAACAAGACCAAGGCGUUGGUGCACUUCCAGGCCCACAAGUUCCCCUACACGGCGUCGGUUUACUAUCAGUGCAACGUCAAGCUGUGCCUGAAGGCGGACGGUGGAUGCGAUUUAAUGGAGCCCCUCUGCGGUGGAAACCGAGUGCGGAGGCAAGCCACGGAAGCGGCGUCUGAGCCGGUCGAGGGAACGCCCGCGACCAUCGAGGUGUACAGCGGCCUUUACGUCAACGAGGCCAACGACCCCGCCAAAGUUGGACCAGAGGACGACUCCGUCUUCAGCGAGAGGACUUCGGACAGCAUCUGCAUCUCACAAAGGAGCUUUGCCAUUGGGAUUUGCGUAGCAGGCGUGAUCCUUAUGCUAUGCGUGGUGUUUGCCAUCCUGUGCCUCUUCGCAAGAAGGAGGAAGAAGGCCGUAUCAAUCCCAGGCAGCUCGAUAUAUAGCGGGCCUUAUACCAACACUGCCUACAGUCAUACUAGUUGAGGUCAUUCCGACAACGAAAAAAGAACAAUGCUCAGCUCAAAUUAUUAUGGCUAGGUGUUGUUGAUGUACGAACGAUAUCGACAAAUCCAAAUAUCAACUGCCAUAUUAUUUAAUAUUAAUAGAAGUUUGAUAUAUAGCUUAGGUGCCAUUCGGCUCACAGUGCUCAUAUAGGUUAAUCAGUCAAUUUUCAAAUCUAGUUGUUUACCAUAAACACGUUGAAUUCUCCAAUUUUUGUAAUAGUCUGUCCACUUAUAAAUGUUUCAAAGACCAAAUUUUUACCAAAACACGUUAAAACUGGAGCAUUUAAAAUUUGUAAACAACGAAAUACAUAUUUGCCUUCUUUUUGUUAAGUUUACUUUUGUUACGUAGAGAGCUGGUAUUUGAAUCACAAAUUUUUGAAGAAUUACGUAGGUAUGUGAUGAUUAAAAAGUUGAAUUUUAAAGUACUAUUUGGUGAUAAAAUCUAUGCUGACCUUCUUAUAAUUUAACGAAACAAGGGAUGGUGAUGGUUUAUUUAUAUAUUUCUAAUACUUUUCCAAUCCAGGCGAUUCGUACAAAUUUGCAUCCAACUAAAAUUUGUAUAUUUGUACUAUUCGCCUUUUUAAUGUAAUACAUUUAACUUUUAAGAAAAAUUUAUUUCUUUCCAACGAAUUAAAUAAUAUUUCUUUUAAGUUAAUGAAACAUAGACUGAGUUGCAGCCACAAUGCAUUGGUAAGUCAAGAAAGUCAUUAAAAAUAAUUGUUUCCCUACAUUACAGUAAUUAUAUUUAAGAGAAGGCUGCAACUCAUCUUUUAUUGAAUCUUCCGCAAUUAAUUUGUAACAAUAAAAAUGCAAAUUACCAUAACGGACAAUUUGCGUAUUGGUUCUGAAUCACAGUUUCAUUAUUAUGUUGUACAUAUUUUGUAAUGGGACUCUGGUUCUCAACCGCACAGUCUUAACUCCUAAGCUUAAGAGAAUUUAUUAAAAAUAUACAUAAAGUGAAACUAUUGGAAGGUGCUUUAAUAAAUUUUUAUUAUAAACAUUAUAUCAAUAACAAUUAUUAAAUAAUAUACAAAGACA